AUGUUUCGAUCUCGAAAGCCGCGAGGUCAAAGAAGCAUUCGCAAAAUUGAAACUGACGAUGGCGACGACAUGGAAAUCGAAGAGGCGGAAGAAUCCGCCAUUCCGACUCCUCCAAUUCAGCCAAAAGCGAAAAAAGAAAAAAAGGCGAAAAAGGAGAAGAAGAACAAGCCCAAGCCAGCACUGAGUUUCGGAGAUGACGAUACAGAAGGAGACUCGGCAGAAUUCAAGGUCAAAAAGUCGAACAGAAGUCGCAAACUCGCAGAAAAGCUAAGAAGCGAAGUGGAAAAAGAGUCAAAGGAGAAUCGCGGCUCUUACUGGGGAUCGGGGAAUAGCUACUCUGCUGCGGACCUUUCUCGGCUGAAGAAUACCCAGAAAUCCAUUCCAAUGGACACGGCGCCGGUGAUCAUGAAUUCAGAAGAACUCGACAGAGCUGAUGCCCAGGCGGGCGUCAAAAGCGCCUUCAGGGAAAAGAUCUUGGACAGAAUGGGCGGAGGAGGUGCCAUUCCCGACGCCAAUGCCAUCCACGAAGCCAGAAAAAGAAGAGAAGAAGCUAGACGAAACAAAGAAGAGUCCUACAUUCCCAUCUCAAGGUCCAAAGCGUCGAAAAAAGGCGGUCGACUGGCGCAGCAAGAUUCUGACGGCGAAGAAAAUGUAAUUAAAAUGGAAGGUGUUAGAACAAACGGAUUCGCCCAAGACGACAUCGACGUUGGCCGAGAGCGUGAUGACGAAUCCGUCCAAAAAUGGGAAUCCGAGUUGAUACGAGGCUCGAAUGUGCCAGGGCAUAUGUCGAGUACGCCGUUGGAAACAAUGACGAGGAAUAUGAAGAAUAUCGAGAACGUCCUGACACGAAUGGAAAACAAACUUGGCGAUGUAAAAGAGCGUCUAGAAGAAUGCCAGCAGAAUUUGAAGAACAUUAAGGCCGAGGAAGAAAGAUCUGAAGAACCACUUCCAGAAGAAGCAAGCGAAAUUGAGCUGCAAGAACGAUACACUUACUUCAGCGAAAUGAAAGCGUGGCUUAAAGACUUUACGAAUUUCAUCAACUCGAAGCGGGAAGACGUCGAAAAGUGGCACAGACAACUUCGAGAUCUUCAAGCGGAAAGAGCGUCUGUUGUUCUGCGGAGAAGACAACUGGACGUGAAGGACUGUGGCCAGCAGUUUCCCUUUCACGGAAAGAAAAACGGCAUUCCUAUUGAGACCCUGGCGCCCGACGUUCAAAGCAGAAUUCGUGCUCGAGAUGGACGAAGACGAAGACGAGCUGAAAUGCGUCCAAAGUCUAAGCAUCACGAGCCAGGAGACUCGACAGACGAUGAGCUCGAUCCGGAGAACGCUGCUGUUUUCGAAGAAAAAUUUCGAAAGCUGGAAGAAGAGCGGCUACAGAUUUACGCAGAUGUUGUUGAAGAAUACACGGACAGUCAUCUUUUACUCAAUCGCUUCAACAAGUGGCGUGUGAGCUUUCCUCGCUGGUACAAAGUCUGCUUCGUUGAAGAAUGCGCCGGCUCGAUCAUUAUUCCCGUUUUAAAGGUGGAAAUGAAAGGUUGGACGCCUCAAACUUGCUCGCUCGAGAAGACAAAAACGCUAGAAAACGUGAUACGUUAUUCGAUCGCCCCUGAAGAACCAGAACUAAUGUUGCUCCCAUUUGUCCUUGGAAAGUAUCCUCUAGAAACUGUCAAUUGGUGGGUGAAGGAGAUAUACGACCCGAUCAGUUCAAGACAGACGAAAUGUCUAACAGAGUUUCUUUACUCGCCUCUGAUGAAGAACCUGCCAUGGGCGCACCAAGAAGACGACAAAAUGAAGAAACUCGCCGCGAACAUUCUUGCCCGUCUCAGUGAAAGAGUUUUUAAUGCUAGAAUUUACGCUAGAUUGCUCAAAUUCGCUAAAUUAAUGGCGCAAUGA